AGGCUGUAGCCCCGAACAUCGCUCAGACAUUGAUUUUUCUUUUGCAUCAAUCAUUCGUCGUUUCUUGUCUUUCUCUUCUUCAGUGUGAAAAAUGUCUUGCUGUGGAGGAAACUGUGGCUGCGGCUCUGCCUGCAAAUGCGGCAACGGUUGUGGCGGGUGCAAGAUGUACCCAGACCUGAGUUAUUCUGAGGCCGCUGCUACUACGGAGACCCUUGUUCUUGGUGUUGCUCCCAUGAAAACCAAGUUUGAGGGAUCUAUGAUAGGGGAGGUUGCAGCAACUGAGGGUGGGUGCCCGUGUGGAGAUAACUGCAAAUGUGACCCUUGCAAUUGCAAGUGAGAUGCGAAACUCAGUUGCAAGAAAACAGAGACGAGUCUAUGUUUAAUUUAUGUUGAAAAAUAAUCUUAAUUGUUUUUAAGGCUUUGUUGUGUAUGUAGGUAGUUUGUGCGGUGAAAAAUUAAGUGGUUUGGUUUCUACAAUUUAUUUUGUGAUAAGACAAGUUUAUGUAUGUAGUGGUUAUUAAUAUUAUGGUAUAUCGUCUCUGUUUUAUAACUUAAUGAGAAAUUUGUUUGUUAUCUUA